UUUGCAUGUGACGUCAUGGCCCGGUGACGUCAGAGCCCGUGUCUGUGUGUUGCUCUUCCCACAGGCUCUUCGGCCAGAAGUUAUUAGUCAGCUCGGGACGAGGCAGUUUCCCAUUCCAUUUCCUCAUCUGUAGGCUUCUGCCUUAAGCCUCCUGUAUGGUGGAUAUUCUACCCCAUCCUUCUUUCUUGGGUGAUAUGGGGGAUCAUUCAAAAAGGGUGCAGUCGGUGGACACUAAUCCCUGCUUUCCGUAUCCAGAGAAGUCUGGGAUCGCCAUGUGUGUCGGCUGUGGAAGUCAGAUCCACGAUCAGUACAUCCUGCGAGUGUCCCCGGACCUGGAGUGGCACGCAGCCUGUCUGAAGUGCGCAGAGUGCAGUCAGUAUCUGGACGAGACCUGCACUUGCUUCGUCCGAGACGGAAAGACUUAUUGCAAGAGAGAUUACGUACGGUUAUUCGGGAUCAAAUGCGCCAAAUGUAACAUCGGUUUCUGCAGCAGUGACCUGGUGAUGAGGGCCCGGGAUAACGUCUAUCACAUGGAGUGUUUCAGAUGCUCGGUGUGCAGCAGGCAUCUGCUCCCGGGAGAUGAGUUCUCUCUGCGGGAAGAGGAGCUGCUCUGCCGCGCGGACCACGGGCUGCUGAUGGAGCGCGCUGCAGCCGGGAGCCCCAUCAGUCCCGGACACAUUCACCCCAACAGGCCCCUGCACAUCCCAGGUAAACCUGUGCCAGUCCGACAGCCACCUCACCGGAACCACGUUCAUAAGCAGUCUGAGAAGACCACGCGCGUGCGGACAGUAUUAAACGAGAAGCAGCUUCACACUCUCCGGACGUGUUAUAACGCGAACCCGCGACCGGACGCGCUGAUGAAAGAACAGCUCGUGGAGAUGACCGGCCUGAGCCCGCGCGUCAUACGAGUGUGGUUUCAAAACAAACGCUGCAAAGACAAGAAGAGGUCCAUUCUUAUGAAACAACUCCAGCAACAGCAGCACAGCGACAAAACGAAUCUUCAGGGUCUCACGGGGACGCCUCUGGUGGCAGGCAGCCCGAUUAGACAUGACACCACAGUGCAGGGAAAUCCUGUCGAGGUUCAGACCUAUCAGCCUCCGUGGAAAGCCUUAAGCGAAUUCGCCUUACAGAGUGACCUGGACCAGCCUGCUUUCCAACAGCUGGUGUCAUUUUCCGAGUCGGGUUCGCUGGGUAACUCGUCUGGUAGUGAUGUGACCUCUCUGUCGUCGCAGUUACCCGACACCCCCAACAGCAUGGUGCCCAGUCCCGUGGAGACGUGAGAGUCCACCGGAGGACUCCCGCCCCAGCAUGCCCUCACCCUGCAUGAAGACCCAUCACCUCACUGCCUCACACGGAAAAGGGAUUAACCGAGAUGGAUUUAAACCGUUUGCCAAACGGAGGAGCCCGUGCAAGCGACUUUGGGGUUUCCAGACGUGUUACAAAACUGGUUUUUAAAGCAUUGGGACCAUAAGUCGAGGACGUCCUGCGGAAUAUGAACAUAUUAUUUUGGUUUUGGUUAUGGACCACUGCCAUCCUUACGAAACCACAUUCUUAACAGUGUUUAUUCAAGACCAUCAUUGUGUAGCUGUAUAUAAAGUGGUAUUUUCCUUGUAAGACAAAAAUACUUUUUUGUCUUAAUGCGCAUGAUCUCCGAAGAUGUAUAAAAACUGAGCUGUAAAAUAUUUUAUCGUAAAGAAUGGAGGAAAGAUUGUAUAAACUUCGCGAUUUUAAAAAAGUAAGUUAUUGUUAUUUAUUGUUAGGACAACCGUCCAUACCAAAAACUGAGAAAUUAACGAAAUAAACGACUUUAAAUGCUG